AAUUUGAAAUUUCAUGAAGGAGCACGUGAUGUGUGCCGGUGUGUUGCGUAGUAGGCUUCGAACUUUCUUCACUCUGGAGUCUGCAGGGCAUAAUCGACACCAUGAAUAGUCAAGACGCAUUCAGAAAUUUUGCUCAACAAAUAAAGAGGGCUAGUCAGUCAGGAGGUGGUGGUGGGAUGCCAGGAGGUCCAGGUCGCUUCCUCGCAGGCGGAGGCCUUAUAGUCGCGCUAGUGGGCGGUGGACUUCUUCUGAAUGCGAGCUUGUUCAACGUUGAUGGUGGUCACAGAGCUAUCAAAUAUACUCGUCUCCAGGGUGUUAAGGAUGAGGUGUACAGCGAAGGGACACAUCUCAUGGUUCCCUGGUUCGAGACUCCAAUAGUUUUCGACAUUCGUGCAAAGCCUCGGAGUGUAGCAAGUUUGACUGGCACGAAAGAUUUGCAAAUGGUCAACAUUACUUGCAGAGUUCUGUCACGGCCGGCUGUAUCUGCUCUGCCUCAAAUAUACCGUGAACUAGGAAAAGACUAUGACGAGCGCGUACUACCGUCUAUAGUUAACGAAGUCCUCAAAAGUGUGGUCGCACAGUUCAAUGCAAGUCAGCUUAUUACACAACGUGAGAUGGUGUCCCGGUUAAUUCGCGAGAACUUGACGAAUCGUGCAUUGCGCUUUAAUGUGGUGCUAGACGAUGUGUCUAUUACCCAUGUGGCGUUUUCACCUGAGUUCACGCAUGCUGUCGAGGCCAAGCAGGUCGCUCAACAAACAGCUUUGAGGGCUGCCUUCUUGGUUGAUCAGGCCAUCCAAGAAAAGCAGUCUAUUAUAGUGCGAGCUCAAGGUGAGGCAAAGAGUGCCGAGCUGAUUGGUGAAGCCAUGCGCACGAAUAAAGGAUUUCUGGAGCUUCGUCGGCUUGAGGCCGCAAGGGAUAUCGCCAACAUGCUAGCCUCCUCAGGGAAUAAAGUGAUGUUAGAUGCCCAGAGCCUCUUGUUGAAUGUGACUGGAGAGGACACAAAAGAGUUACUGAAAGUAAAGAAGUAAUCCUAUUACCUUGUCCGCAUCUCGUCGUCAUUGUACUGUCGCUGCUAAUGAAAAUGCACAUGUCGACUAUGAGCUUGCAUAUUGAACUUCAAA